CCAGCAUGAGUUCGGGGGUCAGCAUGCUGACAGCCUUCCUUUUCCUUCUGGAUGUUGGAGGAGCUCAAGUGCUGGCAACGGACAAGUCUGCUGGGGAAGAAAUUGAUUUUAAAUACGCCAUCAUUGGGACUGCUCUGGGCUUUGCCAUAUCCUUCAGCUUCCUGGCUCUGAAGAUCUGCCUGAUCAGGAAGCACCUGACAGACGACGACUCUUCAGACCUGAAGACUGUACACCCGGCCUGCAAUGACACCAUCGUGCGAAAGAAGAGACCCUCGAGAGAUGCUCAGGUGAUUGAGUUGUAAACAAGUGGCUACAUUGGGAGAGACUCAACUGUCUAGACAAUAGAAUCUCAAAAUGUUUUGAAUUUGAGCACUGAAGGCUGGUUAUGAAACUUCAGGUGGACUCAAUAUAYAAGGAAAAUAAUAGGAGGACUAUAAUCAAGAGUGUCUCUGCUCUGAGAGAAAGUAUUACUCCUUUUCUACCAGAAGUUAACGUUAUCCAACAGUAAGAAAAAGGUAGAAGCCAAUGAAUGCUCAUCAUCUAGCUUGGUCCACCCUGUUGGAGCUGUUCAUGCUUCUACAAGGUCAUCAUGUCCACAUCAAUGGAACCUACCCACAGCAUUGACUCAUGGAAAUGGGAACCAAACACAAGACGCAGCUUCCUCAGCACCAUCGUCUUAUCAACAAUUAAAUAGCACUUGCAGAACCAUUGGCCUCAACUUCUUAGCUGCCAGGAAACAUGGAGACCAUGAGCCAGUCUCCAACGCUAUCCAUGAUUGACCUUCUAAGGGAGAAAUGGUAGCUUGGCCUGGAGUGAAAGAAAGUGCCAUUGACAGCCAUGGGCUGGGCCUGUGGCUGUGCAGAUCUCCAAAUGAAGGAGCCAACAAAGGAUUAAACGAGAAAGCAGAUGGUGUGCCUUGUGAAGAACAGCACAAACAGAAGUUAUCAUUGUUAUCCCUCAGAUAAUUAUUUURUGGUGAGUUUUAUAGUUUGUAUGGUGCACACAUGGAAGACAAGACUGGCAGAGGCUCAGGAAACCCACGUCAUUCUCUUACUGUCAGCAGCCUAAUAUUCUGUGGCAUGGGCUCCAUGAACAUUCCCCUUGCCAGUAUCAUUAACCCCAUAUUUCUAGGAAUGCCUUAUGGAAGUCUCUUUGCCUUUCCAUUCUGCAAAAAUCUGGGUGCCUUUGUGGACUGGUUCUCCUUAAAUUGGGUUAACUCUCCUUAUGUAUGAUGAAAGAUGAGCUAUAUUUUAAAAAAAAAGUGCUGUGUUAUAAUAAUUUGCCUGGAUUCCCAGGGCAUCUUUUAUCUAACUUGAUAACAAUGUUGUUCAUUAGCAGCCUUUGUUAACUGAUAACCUAAAGUGGUA